AUGGGUUCCCGAUUCUCCGCAGCCCUCUUGCUUCUCCUCCUCGCGGUCGUCUCCCUCAACUCCGGCGUGGCUCCGGCGGAGGGCGCCACCGGGAACCUCUGCGGGCGCUUCCCGCCGGAGGAGUUCUGCAACAUCAACUGCCUCGUCCCCGACCCGGUGUGUGGGGCCAACGGGGUCACCUACAUCUGCGGCUGCGUGGAAGCCGACUGCAAUGGCGUCCGAGUCGUGAAACUGGGGGAAUGCUAG